AUGUUAGAUCGAGGAGGAAGCGCCGCCGCACCGGACGUCGUGGACAUCUCGCCAGACGGGUCGUUUGACAUCCAAAACCAAAGGCAGCCUGGCGUGACGUGGGAAGAGCUCAAAGCGGAAGGCAAUGCAUGCUUUCAGAAGAAGGACUAUCCGAAUGCCCUGGACAAGUACGCAGCCGCGGUCGUCGUCGCACCGUGCGAUCAACGGCACUUCUUGCACGGCAAUCGGGCCACGUGCCUGUUUCAGCUCAAGCGAUAUCGUGACGCAUUGAAUGAGAUCAACAUUGCGUUGGAACUGGAACCGACAUGGGACAAAGGUCUGAGCAGGAAACAGUGCAUUCUCCAAGCAAUGCGCAGAGCACAACACCAACCGACGUUGCAAGCGCCGCUUGGUGCCGUGUACGCAGACAAAGCCUCCGUGAUUCCUGACACGUCCGAGUCGAAAGCAUCGCAAUUGCUCUGGCGGCGCCUCAUGUCAGGGCUGGAGACCACCAACCAAGACUGCCUCCAUGGCGUAUUUGCCAAACUCUCCAACGAAAAGGAGUUUUGCCGGGUAAUGUACCCUGGCAUGACCGCUGACGACAUCCGCACAAACCACAUGCCUCGAACACUCAAGCAACUACUCGAAGAUCCAUGGUAUGAGCAGGAGAUGGUCGUCCUCAUGCCGAAAAUUCAAGCCAAAGCCAACUCUGUCCUCGACAAUGUCAAGCGCAAGGGCGCGAUAGUCGGUGACGUCAUGGAUGCCACAACGGAAGCCAUUCUUCGCCCGCAAGUUCUGCGCGAAGCAUUUGGAAGGGAAGUCCUUGCAAUGCUGCAGCGAGUCGCGACAAAAAAGCAUGCAAUGUUGGCACGAGACACUUCGCGCAUCGCGGACCCGGACGCCGAAUGUGCGUCGUGGGACCAGUUACACGAUGCGACGCUGGCGUCGUUGUUGGAUGCAAACUCCCCCGAUGCGCAGUUCUACGGCGUUCAAGACGACUUCCUUGGCGCGGACUUUGUGCCACUGGUGCGGUCAGACGUCCUGCGCAUGCACAAGCAAGGACAGCUUGUGCAAGGAGACAUGUGCCUCGUUCGUUUCCUCGACGUGUCCAGCAUGCCAACCGAAUUGGCCGACAAUUUUCCCGCUCUCGCGGAGCUCGUUGAAAAAUUGCACGCAUUGCCGCACGAAAUCAACCACAAACGACGGCACUUGCCCAACCAACUGAGUCUGUGCGCUGAGUCCACAUAUUCCACGACGUUACUGGCGUUCCGCACGGGCGAAGGCCAGUCGAUGCGACUGGAUUGCGGUACGGACGUCCAGCACGACAAUGGGUACAGGAUCACUUGCAUCUACUGCGUCAAUGGACCGGAGGAAGGACGCGAUGGAAGCGGGGCCAUUCAAGUGCACACGAGAGCCAACCAUGAAGCCACUGUGCCGUCUGUCUCUGAUCGUCUAGUGAUGCUUCAAAGUCAGCAGGUGCUGCAUGCCAUCGUGCCGGUCACUGGUCCUUCGCCCAUGUACUACGUCGUGUUUCGAAUCCACGGAUCGUCGUCGUGAUCGUUGUAGGCAUCUUGACUACGGAAUCGUAAGGUCGCUGUUGGUGACUUUUUCAAGAAACAUUGCGUUUAUAUCGACG